AUGCGGCUGCCGUGCGAGGUGUCGGUGUCGAGCCGGCUGCUGCCCUCGGCGGGGCUGCGGGGGCCCGGGCGGGCCGCCAGGGCGCUGCUCUCGCUGGGGAGGCCGGCCGGAGGAGCCGGCGGCGGCGGCGUGUGGCUCCUGGUCAGCACCGCCCGCGACCGCCCCGGCACCAAGUACCAGUUGAGAGAAAAUAUAGAACAGCUUUUUACCAGGUUUGUGGAAGAAGGGAAAGCCACCAUACGGCUGAAGGAACCAGCAGUGGAUGUCUGUCUCAGCAAGGCGAACGCCAGCCUUUUGAAGACUUUCCUCUCAGCAGUGAAGCUGGCUAACAGUGGAACCCAUGAGGAAAACUUGCCGCUGUCUCCCUUGGUCCCACCCAAAGCAUCUGAGGUUGAGAAGCCAAAGACAAAGAUGAUGAUCACAUCGAGGAAGGAGUAUCCGCUAACCCGGAACUUCCCGUAUUCCCUGGAACACCUCCAAGCCUCCUACUGCAAACUGGCCCGCGUUGACAUGCGUAUGCUUUGUCUGAAAAGCCUCCGGAAGUUGGACCUGAGCCACAAUUGUAUUAAAAAGCUGCCGGCCACCGUUGGGGACCUCGUGUGCCUUCAGGAGCUCAACCUGCACAACAACCACCUGGAGGGGUUCAACGCUGCGCUCUGCGGCUCCACCCUCCGGAAGUCACUCCAGUCCCUGGAUCUCAGCCAGAACAAAAUCAAAGCGCUCCCUGCGCAGUUCUGCCAACUGCAGGGACUUACUCAUCUGAGGCUGGACGACAACGAACUGAUCAGGCUGCCGUUCAAAAUCGGGCAGCUGAAGCAGCUGCGCUUCCUGUCAGCCGCUCGCAACAAGCUCCCGUUUUUACCUGACGACUUUGCAAAACUCUCCCUUGAGAACUUGGAUUUGUUUGGCAACCCGUUUGAGCAGGCCAGGCCGCUGGUCCCCGACAUACAGCUGGAAAUACCAUUGACUUUGUUAGAGCUUUCUGCAAGAGCAACAAUCAAUUUCAGGAUCCCAUAUGGCUGCCACAUCCUCCCUUCUCACCUCUGCAAUGACCUGGAUAUGUCUAAGACCUGCCAGUGUGGCCACGCCUGCCUCAGCUGCUUCAUUCAGACUACAGUGACCAUGAAUCUCCACAGCGUGGCGCACACGGUGGUACUGGUGGACAAUAUGGGUGGCACGGAGGCCCCCGCCCUCCGCUAUUUCUGCUCUCUGACAUGCUACUCUCAGUUUCUGGACAGGCACCUGCAAAGUGUCCGGUGA